AUGGGCGCUGGUCAAUCUACAGGCGGACUUGAGAGUCCUUCAACACCUGAACAGCUUAGCGUCCUCCUUGCGGAACGCUUCGCCACCAAAUGCUUCACUCCCCUAGAACUCACCCAUUUCAAAGACAACUUCUACUCCCGCGCUCUCGACCAAGCAGGUUUUCGGUAUUGGAACGAGAAAAUCCUCUCCGAUUUUCUCUCCAUACCCGAUGGAAUCUACACCAACGAAAAAGAUGGCGGCCAUGAUGGACGUCUUGAUGCGGGCCCCGUUAUAUUCAGGAUGGUUUCGUAUCUGGGCGCAUUCCCUUUCCAGAAAACGCUUGCGCCCAGUGUUUUGACGUUUGAUGCUAUGGUGAAAGUUGUUGUGUUGUUGACGGAGAGGUAUGGGAAGGUUCUGAGGAGGGGGAGGAAGGACCGGGUUAAGUUGUUGUUUGGGAGUUUGGCGGAUGUUGGGAGGCCGGUGAGACAAGAGGAGCACAAUAAUGAGGGCUCAUCUUCGACUAAAACAGAAGAGGCUAAGCAGUCAUCCUCUCAUGCUCAGGGCUUUUCAGUUGAUGUAUCUGCAAAUGAUGAGUAUGAUGAGUAUGAAGACGACGAUGAUCUGGCGCUUGCUGCAUUGGAGUCUCUCGAUGCUAUCGAGGUUUUCAAGCACGAUCAGCGGAUUGAUGGGGCUGUCUACGAAGCACGCAUAUCCGUCGACACAUUUCGCCGUCUUCUCAUGUUGCUACUUGCGAUUGCGCCAUUGAAACCCCUCGAAUCGGUCACCAAAUACACCUUCAACCUGAGCUCGGAGGAGCAAGCAGCCGUCAAACGCGAGGCCGAUACUAUUAUAGCCAGCUUUACGGAGGAAGAGAUUCGUGAUGGUAUUAGGUAUAAAAGCUUUGCAAAGACUGUUAGCAUCAGCUUGCCUCAUCUGUUUGAUCCGUUGACGCCUCUAUUUGAACACCUCUUAUUCAGCAAGAAUUUGGAUUUGUCUAGGAAGCAAACAGGCGCAUCCAAUGCUUCUCCCGAAUCUCAUCCACCCAUACAGACCCCGAUUAACGAGGAGGAGCAACCAACAACUAUCAUGCUUCCUGGAAGCUUUGAGUCUGCAAUUUUGACUCCAAGCCUGGUAUCUCAUCUCUCGUUCUUUCUGCCUGCCUCUUCAGGUCAGAACCUCUACAGGAGCGAUAUACGUUUACAUCCCGUCUUCUCGACUGUUGCACAUGGCGAAUCUCUAACCUCAUUUCAACACAACGUCUUCACCUGGCAAGCUCCAUCAAUCCUCAUCGUACAAGGCGCAGCACCUGGCAGUUCCGGGACCCCCGACGAACUGAUCACAUUAGGUGCAUACAUCCCCCAACCAUGGAAACCAUCAUCCUCAUCUUGGGAAACCUCUCAAAGCCUAAACGAUAAAUCCAGACUCCCCUACCUUUUCCAAAUACACCCCAAACACUCCGUCCUCCCAGGGAACCCAUCUCUCCUCUCAACAAGAGAACAAUCAUCAGCAACAACACCAACAGUCUACUUCUCCACCACAACCGGUAUCGCAAUAGGUUGCGAAAUUCCCGCCUCAGCACAACAACAAAGAACACACUAUGGCCCUGGUGUCCCCUCGCCCCGCGAGCACCUCCAACACCGUCGUCAGAGCAGCGGGGGAAACAGUAUCCACAAACAACAACAAGGCCCCAUCCCACAUGGAGCAGGAAGUCUAAUCAUCGAUUCUGGUCUGGAAACCGCCCAACUACACAUUUCCUAUUUGACAGGUAGUACAGGCGUCUUCACACGGGCCGUCCCUCCUAUACUACCCACAACAACACAUAUCGACAUCUACAAUCUCGAAAUAUGGGGCAUCAUCGAACCAGAUCCCCUAAUCGCAGCGGUAGGAGGAGACACCAUUUCAAGGGACGCAAUCUCUCAGCAACGCGCUGCAUGGCAAUUCGAUGCCCGCGAGGCAGAGCGCAGAAAGUGCAUAAAUGUGAAAUUGGGUAGUGGCACGGAUAGUGAGUACCAGAAUGCGAGGGCGCUGUUGGAGAUGGCGGGAAUUAUUGGCGAUCAGGCUCAUCAGCGGAGUGGGGGGAGUGUUUGA